AUGGAAAUUGAAAAUCUUCCGAAUGAGCUCCUGGAAAAGAUCUUCUACUACCUCCCGGUGGAAGACUUGGAAAGUGCCGCUCUGGUAUGUCUCCCCUGGAAGGCAAUCAUCCUGAGCGUAAUUAUUCCGAAAUCCGUUCCGAUUCACAUCAAACCCGUCCAUCCGGUGACGCACCAGCUCAAUCCGGUUCCCGCGAUGCUGUCGGCGCAGAUGAUGAACCCGUUCGCCAAGUCCCACUACAAGCUGACCAUUUCCGAUGCGGACCUUCCACAAACCCUCGAGUUUAUCGAUUUCUUUCGCCAGUGUGGACCAAACCUCAAAUCACUCGCGCUGCAAGUGAUGCGUCUCACGGAACCGAUUCUUCAGGCGUUUCCAUACCUGCACAACCUGGAAGAGUUACGGCUCACUACCGAGUCGGAUGAACCGUACGGUCAGCGACCGCAAAAUCCGGAGAUCUACCUUGCAUCGCUCAAGAGCCUCAAAUCGUUGAAGCUUCACCUCGCAAACUACUUCAUCCUGCAGAAUGCUUCCCUCCUGAACUCAGCUCCCUUGACCACCAUCUGCUUCGAGCGCUUCGAAGCGGAACUGCACCAGUUGAAGCCCUUCCUGCAAAAUCACUCCGGAACGCUUCGCAAUCUGACCGUUCGAGUGGAAGAGAUGAAGCCCUUUCUGCACUUUUUAAACUCGCUUCCAAAGCUGAAACUGCGCAAGCUCGACGUGAAGAGUGCCGGCAACGAGGACGACUUCACCGACGCGCUCGUCAUGCUGUUUGACCAGCAGCCCCAGCUGCGGAUUCUCCGCAUCGGUUCCGAACUGUCGCUGCGAGCCGUCGCGGCCAUUCCGAAGACGCUGUUCGAGCUGGAAGAGCUGGAACUGAUCGCCGAGAGUAUCCACAACUGCAAGGCGUUCGGCCAGCUGAAGAAGCUGCGCAAGCUGAACAUGAUCCUGUACGACGUGCGGGCUUGGGACGAGACGGCGUCGCUCGAGAGCGUGGUGGAGCUGUCGCUGUCGGUCACCUUUCCGCUCAUUUCGCCGGCCAUCUUCUGUUCGUUCCCGAACGCGAAGCGGUUCUACCUGGAGGAUGUCGACGAUGACACGCUGAUGCGGGACAUAAUCGUGGUUCGGACGUUGAUGGAAAAUGUGCAGUCGGUGGAGCAUCUGGACCUGGAGAACUAUGUGCUGAAGGAGCGUGAAAUCCUCAACGACAGCGUUGAUCGCUUCGACCGCAUCGAGGGACUUCGAUCGCUGCGGUACAGUUGCCGGGACAUGUCGGACGCAUCGCUGCUGACGAUGGCCCUUCCCGAACUUCGCGAGCUGUACCUCACGCACUGUCCGCGCGUUUCGUUCAAGGGGAUAUCCUUCUUGACGCGCAAUUGUCCCCAGCUGGAGUCUCUGCAGUUUGAGUACAACAAGGAAGGAUUCAACGACGAUUGCAUCGAUAUCAUUACGCGGAAGCUGCCGCGACUUCGUCGAUUGGUUCUCGUCAAUUUGAAGGAGCUAACCAACGAGACGGUGCUGUCUAUCGUGGCCAAUUGCAAGAGAUUGAGGGAAUUGACCUUCUCGUACUGCGUUGGGAUCACCAUGGAGAAAGCGGAAGCGAUCGAAAAGCUGAGCUCGCUGAAGACGCUGCGCAAUCUGGUCUACAGCUGAACUGUGUACGCAGGGCAGUUGUUCAAUUCGCUAGUAUGUAGAAGGGCAAGGAAAUGAACAAGCUUUGCUUAUCAGCACUCGGAAAAAAUAUUACCUCUGGUUGGAUUGUCUCAUUACAAGGGAAAUAGUAAAUCGCCUAGCAUAAGUG